UUUCGUCAGUUGAAAAUAGAGCUAUGGGUUGAUGGGUUGUUGUUGUUGAUUUUAUCAUAAGAAAUGGUCCAAUUACUUUAUAUUAUCGCCAGCUUACAUGUGUUACUAUGUCCGUUUACAAAAGUAGAAGAAAGUUUCAACAUUCAAGCCACACACGACAUUUUAUAUCACCGACUUAACCUCUCACAGUACGAUCAUAAUGAGUUCCCGGGCGUCGUGCCGCGCACUUUCAUUGGUCCGCUAGUAAUAUCAGCUUUUUCAGCACCUGUAGUGUCAUUCUUUCAUCUUACUGGAAUCAACAAAUUUUGGAUGCAAUAUGUAGUGCGAUUAGUGCUAGCAUUAACAGUGAUAGGAGCAUGGGCGCGACUGCGGAAUGCUCUGCUGAAGCAGUUUGGAAGCACGUAUGCGUGGUGGUACACCCUUAUCACGGUCACUCAGUACCACUUCAUGUUCUACAUGAGCCGCCCGUUACCUAAUAUCAUGGUGCUACCAUUGGUACUACUAGCAUUUGAAGGCUGGUUAUCAGGCAAACAUAAGCAAUUCAUAAUAAGUGCUGGUGCCUCCAUCAUCAUAUUCCGAGCAGAACUAGCGAUGCUGUUUGGUCUGUUCCUCAUCAUAGAUUUGUAUUUCAAAAAGAUUGACAUAACUACUUUAUUCAAGAUAGCCGUGCCAGCUGGUGUGGGGCUGGUGGCCCUCACUGUGGCGGUAGACUCCAUAUUCUGGCGCCGACUGCUCUGGCCUGAAGCUGAAGUCUUCUGGUACAACACCAUACUGAACAAGAGCUCUGACUGGGGUACAUCACCAUUCCUCUGGUACUUCUAUUCUGCCCUCCCUCGAGGGUUAGGCCCCAGUUUAAUCCUCAUACCUGUAGGCAUGUACAUAGACCGGAGAAUGAUCCAGUUCGCUGCGCCGGCGUUCGUGUAUAUACUGUUGUACUCCUUUCUGCCGCAUAAGGAGUUGCGGUUCAUUAUCUAUGUCUUCCCUUUGCUCAAUAUGGCGUCGGCGGCCGCCUGCUCUUAUGUAUAUGUAAGAAGAACGAAGGCGCCAAUAUUCGAGUUGCUCUUCUGGGGCUCAGUUUUUGUGAUACUUGGCAACAUUAUCAUAUCAUUAGCAUUUGUUUUGGUGGCCAUGACUAACUACCCUGGUGGAGUUGCAAUCACUAGAUUCCACAAAAUUCUAAGAAACGAGCCAUUUGUCCAUGUACAUAUCUGCAAUUUAGCUGCUCAAACUGGUGUAACAAGAUACACACAAAUUAAUGACCGCUGGAUGUAUAGCAAAAAUGAAUCUUUGCCAGUAGAACUGCUACAAGACUAUACGCAUCUUCUAAUCGAAGCUAAGAGCAAGUAUUCUUCCAAUCUAAAAUCUUUUGCAAGCACACACUCAAUUUUAGAUAGUGUAGAAUCAUUUUCUCAAGUUGCCAUGAAUUAUAAACUGAUGCCACCAGUCAAAAUAAAAACAAAACCAGCACUUUUCAUAUUAGAGCGAAAAGAUUUCCGCGAAUUUCCGUUAGGCCACAGUGUUGAAUCCCUCGAUAGUAUACGUAGAAAAGUGGAUGAAAAAAUAAUGAGUGAUGAAACUGUAGUCGAUUUUAUCAAUUACGAUUCAAUUGAAGAGCUAGCAUCAAAAGAAGCAAGUUCUGACGCAAGUAAAGAGGAGUUACCUGUAAAGGUUAAAGAGCUCUCAGAGAACGAUAGCAUUGUAGACAGCAAGGAGUCCCUUUUAGAAGACGAAUUAAAGCCAGCUGAGAAUGAUAUUGUCGAGGAAAUUAAAGAGCCUCUUGUUCAGGAGCCCAUUGUUCAAGAAGAACAGGAAACUCUAGAGGAUAGCAGUACGAAAUUGCCUAAAGCAAAGAAAGCUUUUGAUGAUUUGAAGGCACUAAGACAAGAAAGAAAAAGGAAGGCAAUAGAGAAAAUUAAAACAGAAACACGAAAAGAAGUGGUUGCAUCAGCUAAAGAAAAGUUAAAAGAAAUAAUGAAACGUCAUAAACAUAUCGCCGAUGAGCUUUCGGAAACUAUAAUAUCGGAUAUAAAUGUAGAACUAGAUCAGAAGGAUGGCAGAGGAGAUAUACCUGAAGCGGAAAUGUUCCCAGAACUGCCAAAAGAAGAUAUUGAAGAAGCAGCUGAAAUAGAAAGGGGUGAUGCAGAUGAUAAGAACGUAGAAGAAAUCAUUGAAAAAGCUGACGUUCCAAACAAAACUAACGAGAAUAUAGACGCUAUCGUGGAAGAAGUUAUACAUAGAUUAAUAGAUAGAAAAAUUUACGACGAUAAGACGAAACCCGAAGAUAUGAAACCUGAAGAUAGAUUGAUGAUCCAGAAGAUUGUUGAAGAGGUCAUAUCUGAGAGAUUGAAUUAUUCAAAUAAUGAUAACAAUAAGUGAGUGUGUGAAAAUGUUUCUUUAAUUAAUGGUCCUGUUUUGUUUGAAUUUGAUCUCGUUGUAAAGGUUUGAGUGAUAUAGACUAUCAAACUCGAUAUUUAGAACUAUGCAAGCAAGUUCGAAACUUGACCAAAGUCCUAUAUUUCCUAGGAACAGCAUAGAAAUGACGUAUUAUCAGGGCCAUUUGCUAGCAUAGAACUUCUGUAUUGAAUGGAUAGUCUACUGUAGCAUAAUAUAGUGCCAAUUAAAAUAUCUUCGGUGCUACAGGAAAUCGUGCCUUCAAUGAUACUUAAUAUUUGUUUUAAGAGAGUGAUGACUUGCAUUUUGUUAUCUCGGCUUAUGUAAGAUUGUUCUGCAUUUCUUUUUUAUGAAUUACUAUGUUUUCCCAUUUUCGUCUUUCUAGUCAAGAGUAGUUAUCGAUAGUCGAUACAAAACACAUCGACGUUUCCGAAUUUAUUUUACAUAGAAGCAUACUUCUGGAUCUUGUGGUUGUCUUGUUUUUAAUGUUAUAUUGUAAUAUUUAUAUCCCAAAAAGUUCAAUGUCGGUAAAGGCCAUGAACAAAAUGUGUUAAUAAAAUUAUCCAUUACGAUUUA